AUGGAGAAAUCACCCCAACUUUGGAUGGGAAAAUCAACAAGAUCAAGGGCAAGAUCAGAGACGCCACAACUUCAACUCCAACAACCAUGCAACUCAUCAAAACACCUCACAGAGACACUACCAACACCCAUCCACAAAUCUUCACAACCACCUAAUCUCAACCCCACAUCAACCACUGAGGAGAGGCUCUCAAAAAUUGAGGCUCUACUUGAAAGCCUAUGCAAGGACAUUCAAGAUAGUAAAGCCUUCCGGGAAGAAGUGCAAUCCAACAUGCAGAAUCAAGAUGCUGCCAUCAAGAAACUGGAAACACAGGUUGGAUUCUUAUUCAAGCAAGUUCCUGGACACAACAAUUGUAGCAAUAUUAACUCAAUGCCAAAGGAGGAAUGUCAAGCCAUCACCCUCAGAAGUGGAAAGGAACUGAAAGAGACCCACAAGCAAACACCAGAGGAGAAAUCGGGUGAAGAAAACAAGGGACAUGAGGAGGUUCAACCCUCAACCCCUAAGCCACACCAAGAAGGAGAAGCGCCCAGAUCAUGUCUCCCAAAAGCUCCAUACCCCCAACGACUACAAUUAAAGAAGAAGGGGGAGGACAACCAAUUCUCAAGAUUCCUGGAAAUCUUCAAGAAAUUACAAAUAAACAUACCCUUUGCUGAGGCAAUAGAGCAAAUGCCACUCUAUGCCAAGUUCUUGAAGGAGUUGAUGACCAAAAAGCGAAGCUGGAAGAACAAUGAGACUGUAGUACUCAUAGAGGAAUGCAGCGCCAUCAUCCAACACAAAUUGCCCCAAAAAAAAUUGAAGGACUCUGGAAGUUUCCAAAUCCCUUGUAUUAUUGGGGAAAUCACUGUAGAAAAGGCUUUAUGUGAUCUAUGA